ACACUUCUUCUUCUUGUCUUUUACCACCGUAGUGUGUGUUUGGCGUUUGUAGCUCACAACAAAGUUCUCAAUGACUGUUUUACUUUAACAGAAGUCACGGAUAAAGAAACGGAGAGACUGCUCCCUCUGAACCAAAAUGAAGCUGAACAUUGAAGGCCUCCUGGUGUAUUUCCCGUAUGACUACAUCUAUCCGGAGCAGUACUCCUACAUGCUGGAGCUGAAGAGGACCCUGGAUGCGAAGGGUCAUGGCGUCCUGGAGAUGCCUUCAGGAACAGGGAAAACCAUCUCCCUGUUGUCUCUCAUUGUCGCCUACCAAAGGGCCUUUCCAUUAGAAGUGACCAAACUGAUCUACUGCUCCAGAACAGUUCCUGAGAUUGAAAAGGUGGUGGAGGAACUCAGGAAGCUGAUGGAGUUUUAUUCCAAAGAAACAGGAGAGACCAACAACUUCCUGGCUCUGGCGUUGUCGUCCAGGAAAAACCUGUGCAUCCAUCCAGAGGUGAGCUCUCUGCGCUUCGGGAAGGAGGUUGAUGGGAAAUGCCACAGUCUGACGGCGUCGUACAUUCGCGCUCAACGCCACAGUAACCCCAACCAGCCGGUGUGUCGGUUCUAUGAGGAGUUUGACGCCGUCGGUCGACAGGUUCCUCUUCCUGCUGGAAUCUACAACCUGGACGACCUGAAGGACUUCGGCCGGAGGAAAGGCUGGUGUCCGUAUUAUCUGGCCCGUUACGCAAUCCUUCACGCCAACAUUGUGGUCUACAGUUACCACUACCUGCUGGACCCUAAGAUCGCGGACCUGGUGUCCAAAGAACUGGCCAAGAAGUCAGUGGUGGUGUUUGACGAGGCUCAUAACAUCGACAACGUUUGCAUCGACUCCAUGAGUGUGAACAUCACCAGGAGAACUCUGGACCGCUGUCAGAACAACGUGGACACGCUGCAGAACACCAUACAGAAAAUAAAGGAAACAGAUGCCGCUAAACUGAGGGAGGAGUAUCGACGGCUGGUGGACGGGCUGAAGGAAGCCAGCGUUGCCAGGGAAACGGACAUCUACCUGUCCAAUCCAGUCCUGCCUGAUGAAAUCCUGCAAGAGGCCGUCCCUGGGACCAUUCGCACCGCUGAGCACUUUGUUGGAUUUUUGCGCCGUUUCCUGGAGUAUCUGAAGUCCCGUCUGAGGGUCCAGCAUGUGGUCCAGGAGAGCACCCCACAGUUCCUCAAAGACAUCUUCGACAAAGUCUGCAUUGACAGGAAGCCUCUCAGGUUUUGUGCGGAGCGUCUGCAGUCGUUGCUUCGAACCCUGGAGAUCGCAGACAUCGCAGACUUCUCAGCUGUUACACUCAUCUCUAACUUCGCUACUCUGGUCAGCACCUACAGUCAAGGUUUCACCAUCAUCAUUGAACCAUUUGAGGAUCGAACACCAACCAUCGCCAACCCUGUUCUGCACUUCAGCUGUAUGGACCCGUCCAUCGCCAUCAAACCUGUUUUCCAGAGGUUUCAGUCGGUCGUCAUCACCUCGGGGACUCUGUCUCCUCUGGACAUCUACCCCCGAAUCCUCGACUUCCGCCCCGUUACCAUGGCGUCCUUCACCAUGACGCUGGCUCGGACCUGCCUCUGCCCCCUGAUCGUCGGCAGAGGAAACGACCAGGUGGCUCUGAGCUCCAAGUUUGAGACCAGAGAAGACUUCGCUGUCAUUCGUAACUAUGGCAACCUGCUCCUGGAGAUGUCCGCCGUUGUUCCUGACGGCAUCGUAGCAUUUUUUACCAGUUACGUUUACAUGGAGAAUAUCGUAGCCUCCUGGUACGAACAGGGGAUCCUGGAAAACAUCCAGAGGAACAAACUGAUCUUCAUUGAGACUCAGGACGCUGCAGAGACCAGCAUGGCCCUGGAGAAGUACCAGGAGGCUUGUGAGAACGGCCGAGGUGCCAUCCUGCUGUCUGUGGCCAGAGGGAAGGUGUCUGAAGGAAUUGACUUUGUUCACCACUUCGGCCGGGCCGUGAUCAUGUUUGGAGUCCCGUACGUUUACACCCAGAGUCGGAUCCUGAAGGCUCGUCUCGAGUACCUCCGGGAUCAGUUCCAGAUCCGAGAGAACGACUUCCUGACCUUCGACGCCAUGAGACACGCGGCCCAGUGCGUCGGCCGAGCCAUCAGAGGGAAGACGGACUACGGACUCAUGAUAUUUGCAGACAAGCGUUACGCUAGAGCUGACAAACGUGGGAAACUUCCCCGUUGGAUCCAGGAACACAUCACCGACGGCAGCCUCAACCUGACGGUGGACGAGACCGUCCAACUGUCCAAACACUUCCUGAGGCAGAUGGCCCAGCCCUUCAGACAGGAGGACCAGCUGGGUCUGUCUCUGCUGACCCUGGAGCAGCUGCAGUCGGAGGAGAUGCUGAAGAAGAUCACCCAGAUCGCACAUCAGACCUGAAGGUGACGCACAUUGCAUCAUAUCGUAACCAUGACGAUGCCAGCCGCCGUUACCGGGCCUGCUGAGGGUCCCAGGUCAGAUGAGGAUUAGAGCUGACCUGGACCGUUACACAGACGGUCAACGGCGUCUUCACUCCGACCUCGUUUGGUUUGGACCGGGUCAGUCUGGGUCAAACUGAACCGUGGUUCCUUUGAUUAUCGAUAAAUGUAAAAACGCUUCACGGACAGUUUCAGGAAACGUUACACAGGACUGCAGAGGAGGGUUAAAGUCAUAGUAGUUCAGGGACCACGUACACACCAGUAUGAUCUAAACUGGGUCGGACCAGGAAAAUAACAUAACAUAAAUAAUGACGACUACAAAGUUGUCUCUGUUUUAGAGUUUAAAAAAAGUAAAAUAUUAUGAAACUGUUUACUAUUCCAAAACGUCCUUUUAAAAUAAAUGUGAAUAACAUGAAUCUGAAAUUUCUUAAGAAAAAUAAGUGCAAUUUUAACAAUAUUCUGCUCAGUUUAUUUAUUAUUUACACAUGUACAUUAUAAUUUACAGA